AUGAAAUUAGAGCACCCGCCCAACAAACUUAUUCGUCCUACACCGCAAUUCACGCCUUGUCACAUGUUCUUCUAUGGCUCACUAAUGGACCCCAAGACACUUAAAAAUAUCUUAGAACUUCCCUCCACUCCCGUUCUCCAGCCUGCUUCAGUCACAGAUUUUGCGACGAAAAUGUUUGGUAUAUAUCCCACUCUGUAUCCAAAGAAGGACAGCAAGGUCACAGGAAUGGUAUGGGAGGUUACUCUCGAAUCUCAAUUCAAAAGGUUAGAAGAGUACGAGGGGUCAGCUUACACAUGGUGCGAAUGCGAUGUUGAAUGGGAUAACGGACAGGUUUUGAAAGACUGCCGGACCUUCUGCUGGGCAAGCGAUGUGGAAAGUGGAGACUUGGAAGACGGGGAUUUUGAUAUGGAGAGGUAUCGCCGACAUUUCAGGAGACCCGAUCGUUCCACCAAGGGCUGA